AUGAUCCUACACUCCCGGCAGCCUAAUCUACCUACUUCGUCGGCCAUCGCCGGUGAUGAAGGCACUUCCGUCGCAAUACGCAAGAAAUCGCAAUCCCACACAUCGCAAACCCUCAUUGCGAGCAUGGAUGUGGCCCCAAAGUGGAGUGUCUGGCCUUUUCUCCGGGUGAUACCCUGGGGCAUCGGGCCGUUGCUGGAGAUCAUUGCAAACUUUGCUCGGUACACGGUAACUUUCGAGGACGUGACGGAAUUCAUUGGUGAUAGCAUUGUGUACGAAUACUAA